UAUUAUAUUUUUCUGGCCAUAAGCCAUCGGUUAAAAAUACACUUUAUCAGCAGGAAUUAAACAUUCUGAGACUUUUUUAAUAACCAAGUCAAAGUAUUGGGUGGUAAUAUUGUAGAUAAGAAGAAAGUUUAAUAAACUAUAUGGAUAGUACAAAUUAGAAAGUUUACGCAACAAAAAGGUUCAAGCAAUCUAGUGGAAUAAGACUGUAAGCCGGUGGAAUAUUAUUUACUGCUAACCUUUAACACUGUAAUGCGUCUAAAUGAGAUAGAAAAACGUACGACGGAUUUAUAUAUAUAUAAAAAGGCACUAAAUCACCCGAUUACAAAUAGUGCUAUGUAAUAACCAGCUGGCUAUGUAUACAAAAUCAAUAUCGCAUAACCCGUAACGAGUAUUUUCAACUAGUGUAAAACAAGUACGAAAUAUUAAUCGAACAUUCGUUGUUAACAAGACAACAUAACAGAAACACUGUGGACAGGAAGAGAAUAAAGAAUAAAAACAAUCAAGAAACGAGGAAUUCGCGAAACCAUCACGCACGCGUCGUAUCGUUGACAACGUUCAAGAACUACAGUUGAUCAUACCUCGUGAUAGAAUCGCGAUGACGAACCGUUCGGAAAGCACAUCGAUCACCAAGGAUAACGGCCAAAAGUGCAGGUUGUUCAUGGGCAACCUGCCGAAGGUGAAGACGGAAAAGGAGAUAUUUGACGAAGUUAGCCGAAUAACGCGCGGUCAUCUGGUGCGUGUGAUCACGUACAAGAACUUCGACGACCCGUCGAUGCACCGGGGCUUCUGCUUCCUGGACUACAGGUCGGUGGCCGCGGCUAAAGAAGCAAAGCGAGUACUGUCGCGUCAAAAGGUGUUCGGGUGCAAGACGACCGUGGACUGGGCGGAUCCGGAACCGCAGGUGGACGCGGACACAAUGGCCACGGUGCGCAUACUGUUCGUCAGGCAGUACGGCGGCGUGCUGGACGAACGCGCGCUGACCAAGGUGUUCGGCCGGUACGGGGUCGUGGAGCGCGUGAAGAACCUGAAAAACUACGCGUUCGUGCACUUCGAACGGCGUGAGGACGCGCAGUCGGCCAUGGACGCGAUGGACUGUUCCAAGGACGUGGCUUCGGGCGUGCGCCUCGACGUCGCGUGGGCCAAGCCGCCCGCGGACAAGCGAACGCGGCAGCGAAUAUUGCGUGACCGGGAACGCCGGGUACGGAAAUCCGCGAUUUCGGCCAUGAGUCAACCGGCAUGCUACGCCCCGCGGCCACCUUGCCAAGCUCCCGGAGCCAAAAAACGCGUCGGCCCCCCCCCCGCCCCCACCAACGCAGCCUACACCAAGUUCGAGUAUCGCGGUUACGACUUGAGACCACGGCAACCGUGCAUCCAUUGCACACCCACCCUCGCGGUGACCAUUCCCGUGGCCAAGGCUACGUCCGACAAGCGCAACAGCGGCAUUGGACGCCGGUGCCGCUUCAACGUCGCGUUCGCGGACCAGCGCAGAGCGGUCCGUCACGAUGAUGGCGAUUGGAAGAAGGGUUGUACGAAAAGGUUGACAUUUUUCGAUACAAUUUCUACGAGCUGCACCAAAAAAUAUUGA